UCAGCUCGCGCUGCCUCUAAAUCAACUCAAUCAUCUCUCGCGCACGGGAGUGCGGGCUGCCUUUCAGGUGUGUUAGUGGGUGCUCCUAUUCGAGCAGCAGUCACGAUGGUGGCCCUGUCGCUGAAGAUUUGUGUGCGACAGUGCAAUGUGGUCAAGACGAUGCAGUUUGAGCCCUCAACUCCGGUUUACGACGCCUGCAGGAUUAUCAGAGAGCGAGUUCCAGAGGCCCAAAGUGGACAAGCAUCGGAUUACGGGCUCUUCCUGUCCGAUGAUGACCCCAGGAAAGGAAUCUGGUUGGAAUCAGGGCGCACCCUUGAUUACUACAUGCUGCGGAACGGGGACGUCCUGGAGUACAAGAAAAAACAGAGACCUCAGAAGAUCAAAAUGCUGGAUGGAACCAUCAAAACCAUAAUGGUGGAUGACUCCAAAACAGUAGGGGAGCUGUUGGUCACCAUCUGCAGUAGGAUAGGAAUCACUAAUUAUGAGGAGUACUCACUGAUCCAAGAGCAGGUGGAGGAGAAGCGUGAGGAUGGGAUGGGAACGCUGAAGAAAGACAGAACCCUCCUGCGAGAUGAGAGGAAGAUGGAGAAGCUGAAAGCCAAACUUCACACAGAUGAUGAUUUGAACUGGCUGGACCACAGUCGGACAUUUCGGGAGCAGGGCGUAGAGGAUAGCGAGAUAUUACUUCUACGAAGAAAGUUCUUCUAUUCUGACCAGAAUGUAGACUCUCGUGAUCCUGUCCAGCUCAACCUUCUCUACGUACAGGCCAGGGAUGACAUUCUGAACGGAUCCCACCCCGUGUCCUUUGAUAAGGCCUGCGAGUUCACUGGAAUUCAGGCACAGAUCCAAUUCGGUCCCCACGUGGAGCACAAACACAAGCCAGGAUUUUUAGACCUGAAGGAGUUCCUACCAAAAGAAUACAUCAAACAGAGGGGGGCGGAGAAGAGAAUUUUUCAGGAUCACAAAAGCUGCGGUGAGAUGACAGAGAUUGAGGCCAAAGUAAAGUAUGUGAAGCUUGCCAGGUCCCUGCGCACAUACGGAGUGUCCUUUUUCCUGGUGAAGGAGAAGAUGAAAAGCAAGAAUAAGUUGGUCCCGCGUCUGCUGGGCAUUACCAAAGAGUCAGUGAUGAGGGUGGAAGAGAAGACCAAAGAGGUGGUGCAGGAGUGGCCCCUCACCACAGUCAAGAGGUGGGCAGCCUCACCCAAGAGCUUCACAUUGGAUUUCGGUGAGUACCAGGAGAGCUAUUACUCUGUCCAGACCACAGAAGGAGAGCAGAUCUCUCAACUCAUCGCUGGAUACAUUGACAUCAUCCUUAAGAAAAAACAGAGUAAAGAUCGGUUUGGUUUGGACGGUGAUGAGGAAUCCACCAUGCUGGAAGAAUCUGUAUCCCCAAAAAAGUCCACCAUCCUCCAGCAGCAGUUUAAUCGGGUGGGUCGAGUUGAGCACGGGUCGGUGGCGCUGCCUGGCAUCAUGCGCUCGGGGUCAAUUGGGGGCCCCGACACAUUCAACAUGGGCACCAUGCCCUCGGCUCAACAGCAGAUCACCAUGGGACAGAUGCACAGAGGACACAUGCCACCUCUGAGUCUGGCCCAGCAAGCACUGAUGGGAACUAUCAACACCAGUAUGCAGGCUGUCCAGCAGGCACAAGCUGACCUGGGAGAAGUAGACAAUCUUCCACCACUGGGACAAGACAUGGCAUCCAGAGUGUGGGUUCAAAACAAGGUGGAUGAAUCCAAACACGAGAUUCACUCCCAAGUGGACGCCAUCACGGCUGGAACCGCGUCAGUGGUCAACCUCACUGCCGGUGACCCUACGAACACAGAUUACACCGCUGUGGGCUGCGCCAUCACCACCAUCUCCUCCAACCUGACCGAGAUGUCCAAAGGGGUGAAGCUCCUGGCGGCUCUGAUGGAGGACGAGGUGGGCAGCGGGCAGAAUCUAAUGGGGGCAGCCCGGACCCUCACAGGGGCCGUUUCUGACCUGCUCAGAGCCGUGGAACCAGCUUCUGGAGAGCCCAGACAGACGGUGUUGACGGCGGCGGGCAGCAUCGGCCAGGCCAGCGGAGAUCUUUUGAAACAAAUGGGAGAAGGAGAAACUGACGAGAGAUUCCAGGACAUUAUGAUGAACCUGGCUAAAGCCGUAGCUAAUGCCGCCGCCAUGCUGGUGCUGAAAGCCAAGAACGUGGCACAGGUGGCCGAGGACACGGCGCUGCAGAACCGAGUCAUUACCGCCGCCACGCAGUGCGCGCUCUCCACCUCACAGCUGGUGGCCUGUACAAAGGUGGUGAGCCCCACCAUCUCGUCCCCGGUGUGUCAGGAGCAGCUGGUGGAGGCGGGCCGUCUGGUGGAGCGAUCGGUGGAGGGCUGUGUGAAGGCGUGUCACGCCGCCUCAGAGGAGGGUGAAAUGGUACGACAGGCGCGGGUUCUGGCCCAGGCCACCUCGGACUUGGUGAAUGCGAUGCGCUCCGACGCCGAGGCUGAAAUCGAUGUGGAUAAUUCCAAGAAACUGCUCGCGGCUGCCAAGCUGUUGGCCGAUGCCACUGCCAGAAUGGUGGAAGCUGCGAAGGGUGCUGCUGCAUACCCAGAAAAUGAAGACCAGCAGCAGAGGCUGCGAGAGGCUGCUGAAGGGUUACGGGUCGCCACCAACGCAGCCGCUCAGAAUGCCAUCAAAAAGAAACUCAUUCACCGACUGGAGAAUGCAGCUAAGCAGGCCGCAGCCGCAGCUACGCAAACCAUUGCCGCCGCCCAGAAUGCAGCUGCAUCCAAUAAGAACACCAUGUCACAUCAGCAGCUCGUGUUCAGCUGCAAGGCAGUGGCCGACCAUAUCCCACAACUAGUACAGGGAAUGAGGGGCAGUCAGGCCUACCCGGAAGAUCUUGGUGCCCAACUCGCCCUUAUCAUCGCCAGCCAGAGUUUCCUGCAGCCGGGAAGCAAAAUGGUGAUGUCUGCUAAAGCGGCCGUUCCGACGGUAACCGACCAGGCAGCUGCGAUGCAACUUGGUCAGUGUGCCAAGAACCUGGCCACCUGCCUGGCAGAGCUGCGCACAGCUGCACAGAAGGCUCAUGAGGCGUGUGGUCCUCUGGAGAUCGACUCGGCUCUCAGUGCUGUUCAGACUCUCAAGAGUGAACUACAAGAUGCUAAAAUGGCCACACUGGAAGGACAACUCAAACCGCUACCUGGAGAAUCGUUGGAGAAGUGCGCUCAGGAUCUCGGAAGUACAUCUAAAGCUGUGGGCUCCUCCAUGGCCCAGUUAUUGACCUGUGCCGCCCAGGGCAACGAACAUUAUACUGGUGUGGCAGCAAGGGAAACCGCUCAAGCUCUAAGGACGUUGGCCCAGGCCGCGAGGGGAGUGGCAGCGAGUACUGUGGAGCCCCAAGCUGCAGCGGCCAUGCUGGACUCUGCCUGUCACGUGAUGGAGGGCUCGGCCAUGCUAAUCCACGAAGCCCACCAAGCCCUAGUGUGCCCUGGUGAUGCAGAGAGCCAGCAGAGAUUAGCACAGGUGGCGAAGGCUGUCUCUCACUCUCUGAAUAACUGUGUGAACUGCUUACCUGGACAGAAGGAUGUGGACAUGGCUCUCAGGAGCAUUGGCGAAGCCAGUAAAAAAUUGCUUGUGGAAAAUCUUCCUCCAUGCUCCAAAUCCUUCCAAGAGGCCCAGACUGACCUGAACCACACGGCAGCGGAGCUCAAUCAUUCAGCCGGAGAUGUGGUGCAGUCUACACGUGGGAGCAGCAGCCAGCUGGCUGUGGCUUCCGGGAAGUUCAGCCAAGACUUUGACGAGUUUUUAGAUGCUGGCAUCGAGAUGGCCGGACACACUCAGUCCAAAGAUGACCAGAUUCAGGUGGUUGGCAACCUGAAGAACAUCUCUAUGGCAUCCAGCAAGCUGCUGUUGGCCGCCAAGUCCCUCUCCAUUGAUCCAGGGGCGGCAAAUGCCAAGAACCUCCUCGCAGCUGCGGCACGAGCGGUCACAGAGAGCAUUAAUCAACUCAUCACACUGUGUACCCAGCAGGCACCAGGACAAAACGAGUGUGAUAACGCUCUACGAGAACUCGAGGCUGUUCGAGGAAUGUUGGACAAUCCCAAUGAGCCGGUCAGCGAUCUCUCUUAUUUUGACUGCAUUGAGAGCGUUAUGGAGAAUUCCAAGGUUCUCGGGGAGUCCAUGGCUGGAAUCUCACAGCAUUGUAAGACGGGAAACGUGCCAGCGUUCGGGGAUUGUGUGGGUGUGGCGUCCAAAGCGCUGUGUGGGUUGACUGAGGCUGCGGGACAGGCCUCUUAUUUGGUAGGAGUCUCAGACCCCAACAGCCAGUCGGGUCAUCAGGGAUUGGUCGAUCCCAUCCAGUUUGCAAGAGCCAAUCAGGCGAUUCAGAUGGCCUGCCAGAAUCUGGUGGACCCGGCCAGCAGCCCAUCCCAGGUUUUGUCAGCAGCUACCAUUGUUGCAAAGCACACCUCGGCUCUUUGCAACGCCUGUCGUCUGGCGUCUUCCAAAACAGCCAAUCCUGUAGCCCGGAGACAUUUCGUGCAGUCAGCCAAAGAGGUCGCCAAUACCACGGCUAACCUUGUCAAAACUAUAAAGGCCUUGGAUGGGGAUUUCUCCGAUGAGAACCGCGAGAGAUGCCGAGUGGCCACGACCCCGCUGAUAGAAGCUGUGGAUAAUCUCUCCACCUUUGCCUCCAACCCUGAGUUUGCCAGCAUCCCUGCGCAGAUAAGCCAUGAGGGUUCAGCAGCCCAGGAGCCGAUCCUUCGCUCAGCCCGUUCAAUGCUGGACAGCUCCACCCACUUAUUAGAGACCGCCCGCUCGCUCAUCCUUAACCCCAAAGACCCGCCCACCUGGUCCAUCCUGGCAGGCCAUUCCCGCACCGUGUCGGACUCCAUCAAGAGCCUCAUCACGUCCAUCAGGGACAAGGCCCCUGGGCAGCGGGAGUGUGACCAGUCCAUCAACAGCAUCAACAAGAGCAUCAGGGACAUCGAGCAGGUGUCCCUCGCCGCAGUGGGUCAGAGUCUGCCCCGCAGAGAUGACAUCUCUCUGGAGGCUUUACAGGAGCAGCUGACGUCCACCGUGCAGGAGAUCGGCCACCUCAUUGACCCCAUCUCCACUGCAGCGCGAGGGGAAGCGGCUCAGCUUGGACACAAGGUGACUCAGUUAGCGAGCUACUUCGAGCCAGUGAUUGUGGCGUCGGUGGGACUGGCGUCUAAACAUGCCGACCACCAGCAGCAGAUGAACAUACUGGAUCAAACCAAAACGCUGUUUGAAUCUGCUCUACAGAUGCUCUACGCUGCCAAAGAGGGCGGAGGAAACCCUAAGGCGACCCACACCCAUGAUGCCAUAGCUGAAGCUGCCCAGUUGAUGAAGGAGGCAGUUGAUGACAUCAUGGUGACCUUAAACGAAGCGGCCAGUGAGGGCGGGAUGGUGGGCGGCAUGGUGGAGUCCAUCGCUGAGUCCAUUGGAAGGAUGGAUGAAGGAACACCGCCGGAGCCUGACGGCACUUUUGUGGAUUACCAGACCACCAUGGUGAAGUUUUCAAAAGCCAUCGCCAUUACUGCACAAGAAAUGAUGACGAAGUCAGUGACAUGUCCAGAGGAGCUGGGUGGACUGGCGUCUCAGGUGACGGUGGAUUACAGCCAGCUGGCACAACAAGGCCGUCUGGCAGCUGCCACUGCUGAGCCAGAGGAGGUGGGAUCUCAGAUCAAGACUCGGGUGCAGGAGUUGGGUCACGGCUGCAUCUAUCUGGUCCAGAAGGCCGGAGCCCUGCAGAUGAGCCCGACGGACAGUUUCACCAAGAGAGAGCUGAUCGAGUACGCCCGCGCUGUCACAGAGAAGGUGUCCAUGGUGUUAUCAGCCCUGCAGGCUGGUAAUAAAGGAACUCAGGCCUGCAUAACUGCAGCCAGUUCUGUCUCCGGCAUCAUUGCUGAUCUGGACACGACCAUCAUGUUUGCCUCUGCCGGCACACUAAACGCAGAGAACGAAGAGUCUUUCGCAGACCACAGAGAGAACAUAUUGAAAACCGCUAAAGCUUUGGUUGAGGACACCAAGCUGCUUGUGUCUGGUGCUGCAUCGAGCCAGGACAAACUAGCCCAGGCGGCCCAGUCCUCUGCCAAGACCAUCACACAGCUCACUGACGUGGUCAAACUGGGCGCUGCGAGCAUGGGAUCAGAGGACCCUGAGACACAGGUUGUACUGAUAAAUGCAGUCAGAGACGUCGCUAAAGCUUUGGCUGAGCUGAUUAGUGCCACUAAAUGUGCCGCGGGCAAGGCAGCAGACGAUCCGUCUAUGUAUCAGCUGAAAAGUGCCGCCAAGGUGAUGGUGACGAACGUGACCUCCUUGCUGAAAACUGUGAAAGCGGUGGAAGAUGAGGCCACUCGCGGGACGAGGGCUCUUGAAGCCACUAUUGAGUGCAUCAAACAGGAACUCACUGUUUUCCAGUCCAAGGACGUUCCGGAGAAAUCUACCACCCCGGAAGAGUUCAUCCGCAUGACCAAGGGCAUCACCGUUGCGACGGCCAAAGCGGUGGCAGCAGGCAACUCUGCUCAGCAGGAGGACGUGAUAUCCACUGCCAACCUGAGCCGCAAAGCCAUCUCUGACAUGCUGACCACCUGUUUGCUCAUCCUCUCAGGUUCAGAGUGGGUGGACCCAGAAGACCCCACGGUGAUAGCGGAGACAGAGCUCCUGGGUGCUGCUGCGUCCAUCGAGGCCGCAGCCAAGAAACUGGAGCAGCUGAAGCCCAGAACCAAACCAAAGCAAGCCGAUGAGUCUCUGGACUUUGAGGAGCAGAUCCUGGAAGCGGCAAAAUCCAUCGCUGCAGCAACCAGCGUUCUGGUCAAAUCCGCAUCGGCCGCACAAAGAGAGCUUGUAGCACAGGGCAAGGUGGGCUCCAUCCCUGCCAAUGCAGUAGAUGACGGCCAGUGGUCCCAGGGUCUAAUAUCAGCUGCCCGAAUGGUUGCGGCCGCCACUAGUAACCUGUGUGAGGCUGCUAACGCUUCAGUCCAGGGUCACGCCAGCGAGGAGAAGCUCAUUUCCUGUGCCAAACAGGUGGCAGCUUCCACCGCUCAGCUGCUGGUGGCCUGUAAAGUCAAAGCGGACCAGGACUCAGAGGCCAUGAGGAGAUUACAGGCUGCUGGUAACGCAGUGAAGAGAGCGUCUGACAACCUGGUGAAGGCAGCGCAGAAAGCAGCCUUUGAUAAAGCCGAAGACGACAGCGUGGUGGUUAAAACGAAAUUCGUAGGAGGAAUCGCUCAGAUCAUCGCAGCUCAGGAGGAGAUGCUCAGAAAAGAAAGGGAGUUAGAAGAAGCCCGGAAGAAACUCGCCCACAUCCGACAGCAGCAAUACAAGUUCCUGCCCAGCGAACUGCGAGAAGACCAGAGCUGAACACGUCUCGUCUGAUUGGACGCGGAUCAUGAUUGUUACGGAUGAUUGGCUGCUCCUUAUAUGCAGAGCUAGAGAUGUCACACGUCAUUGGUUGGUCAUUGUCAGGUGACUUGUUAAAGUUAAAUGUGAUUGGCUCACAGGGGAUUAGCGCCACUGAUUAGCUGUAUGUUGAGGUAUGAAUGGAUUUCCUUUCUUGUUUUUGUUCUUGUUUUUUUAAGGUGUAAAGCACUUGUUAGAGGUUUGCGUGACUGUGUGUUUUACGUAUCAAUAGUAUGCCACUCAUUGGCGAUAGCUUACCAUAAGGAUCUCGAUAACUAAUCCUACACAAUAUCAGUGCAUCUAGUUUUAUAAUGAAACCAAUGUGAAACUAUUAAUAUCUGAACCUGGCUGCCAGACCAAUUUUACUUAUGAAGUAUGAUGCCAGACCCGUAAGCUUUCAUUAUUCGCACUCGCGUGACGAUAAGCUUCGAACGCCUCUAGAAUGCACUGCUCGAUUCAUACAUAUCCCCCUCUAGAACUGUAUUAUUGUUAGUAAGGUUAUGAAUUCUAGGUAGUUAUAAGGAAAGAAUGUACUGGUGUGCUUUGUCGUGUUAUUUAUUGUUAGCAGAACUUUAAUAGAGUAGCUUCCAGCUUCUCUUUGCGUUUGUAGGUCUAGUUGGGGGCUCGAAUGAGGUUGAUUCAUGCAAAUAGAGUUUCAUUCAGUCCUCUCUUCAUACCUCAGCUGUGGCCCAGAUUGUUACAUUUCCCAUGAUUCCUCUGUGUGUCUAAACUUAGUCAGGUAGACAGCCCAAACACGACGGAUAUGUUCGGAAUAACA